AUUUGAUUGAAGUUUUCUGCAGUAUCCGAUAAGAGCUGUCAAAUUUGUAGGCGAAGAAAUAUUUUUUAAAGAAUCACGUUCCAACUUCCAUCCUCUUCUGUUUGGUUCUCUUUUAAUUUCUCAUCCUCAUUUCCCGGAACAGGCCUCCGUGAUCAUUCCCUUACGCCGGAGAGCUCAAAGCGAGCUUGUGAGGCCGGCAAAAAUGGUUGUCCAUGCACUUACGACGACUGCUUUCUCUUCCCGUCUUGGUCUUGCCUUUCCGAAAUAUAGUACUGCCUGCUCGAAAUCUGCUCGAACUCUCUGUUGCUCGAGAGGAGAUGGAGAACUUAAUGGCUUGAUUAACAUCUCAUCGCAAUUGGAGUGGGAAGGACAUGAUGGUGCGCAGAUGGCAAAGUCGUCAGCUGGUGAAUGCAGCAUUCAGUCGUCAGAUGGUGAUUUACAGGCAAAAAACAGUGAAAUUUGGCAACUCUUCAGAGAAGCUCAGCAGAAUAUCUUGUACUUGAAUAAACAACGUGUCCUUGCUAUAGAGGAGUUGAACAAAGCAAUUGGUGAGAAAGACUUACUGCUUGAAAGGAUCGAGGAAUUAGAGUUUGAAAAGCAGGCUAUGGGUAGAAAAGAUCAGGUGUCAUCAUGUUGGGAUUUGCUACUUCGGAUUGAUUCCAUGGUUCUAACUGGCAUGAUUAGCUCUGAAGAGGCAUCUAAAAUGAGACGGCUGGUAAUGGAUCAUAAAGGUAGCAUAGUUUAUGCUUUUACUGAUAUCCUGCAGGCAAGCGAUGCUGAGUUACUAGCAGAGCUACGUCAGUUUUCUCACAGAAGCAAUAAGAAUGGUUUUCACAUUGUUCACAUUUGUACCGAAAUGGCUCCAAUUGCCUCUUUUGGAGCAGUGGCGUCAUUUGUAACGGGGUUAUCUCAAGCUCUACAAAUAAAGGGCAACUGGGUGGAGGUUAUCUUGCCAAAAUGGAUUGCAAAAUUUAAGUCGCACGUGUUGCCUUUAAGGUGUGGAAGCAUGGAACUAAAUGAAGUUCAAGGGCUACGAGAGAUUGAGGUGGAGUACUAUUCGUAUUUUAAUGGUCAACUGCAUGGAAACAAAAUAUGGACUGGGGUUGUCCGUGGCAUAGGGGUUACUUUCAUUCAACCUUUGUAUUACUCAUCAUUUUUUAACCGUGAGAAGGCAUAUGGAUACUCUGACGACUUUGAACGGUUUAUGUACUUCUCUCGAGCAUCAUUGGAUUAUAUUGUGAAAUCUGGCAAGAAGCCUGAUGUGUUACACAUACACGAUUGGCAGACUGCUAUAAUAGGACCGCUUUUCUGGGACAUUUUUGUACAACAGGGACUUGAAGGUUCUAGAAUUUUAUUCACAUGUCAUGACAUCCAUGCACAGUCUCUUGUACAACCAGAGAAACUAGCACUAUGUGGACUUGAUCCUGCAAGUCUUCAUCGUCCUGAUCGUCUGCAAGACAAUUCCAAUACGCAUCUUGCAAACAUACUAAAGGGUGGAAUUGUUUACUCCAAUAAAGUUGUAAUAAUGUCAUCCACAAAUUCAAAAGGCCGUAUAAUUCAUAGUUUGAGUCAUGGUUUGGAAACUACCUUAGACAUGCACAAGGACAAAAUGCUUAUUGCUCCGUGUGGGUUUGAGAGCUCGUCUUGGGAUCCUGAAAAAGAUAAAAGUCUUCCAAAAAAUUAUAGUGCAGAUGAUAUGAAAGGAAAAGCUGUAUGCAAAAUUGCAUUGCAGAAAAAAGUGGGAUUAGUUGAGGAUUCUUCUAUUAUUACGGUUGGAUGCUUUUUGUCAGAUGUGUCAGUUGUUGACACUGAGAACCUGAGGGCAAUUGUUCAGAAUGGUACCACAAUGGGUGUCCAGUUCGUCUUCAUGAGGACUGGCAAAAUGACAAGUAGACACAAGGAACUCGACUCUCUUCAAGAAAAAAUUGAGGACGAAAAUGUGCGGUUCAUAAACAGACAUGAUGAGACAUUGUCACGUCUCAUUUUUGGAGGUUCCGACAUUAUCUUGUGUCAGUCUCUUCACGAUCCUAUACUCCAUGUGCCUUUGAAGGCUUUGAGAUAUGGAGCUGCUCCAAUUGCAUUCACCUCCAAUGACAACGGAUUCAGACACUUUCCAGAUCAUGACUACGAGACUACUAAAUUAGCCAUGUUCAUUAACUCUACCUUCGGAUACUUGUCUCUCAGCCAAGCCGYGGAUGAAAUUAAUAACAAUACAUCCGAGUGGAAUCAUAAAAUGUUUGAUGCUAUGAUGAAGGAUUUCUCUUGGGAUGCAGAGUGCUGUGAUAUUCAUCUCUCUGCUUACGCAACUAUUAAGAGCUUGUGAACCAGGUACAAAAUAGAACCUACAAACAUACAUAUCGACAGCAUUCACAUUUGUCACUGCACGCGACACAACUGCAGGUCUGUGGUGGAGCUUGAUUCCAGUCUAUAAUCUCUAGAUUUUAGGUUUGUAAAUGAUGAGGUAGAUAUUCCUUUUUCUUCAAAUAGUAUAUUAUAUAUGUAUAAAAAAAAUGGAGAUGUGCUGAAAAGUUGAAGGUGCAAUGAAUUAGCGUAGACCAAGUGCCAACUUGAUCAUAGCUCAAUUAGUUAAAACAUAUAUUCUCGAUCUUUUAGUCGGA